AUGCUUGUUCACAUCGUUACCGAAGACGUGAAAAUCUGGUUCCAGAACCGCAGGACGAAAUGGAAGAAGAAGGACAAUGUGACCAACGCCGAAGUGGCCGAGAUAAAGCAGCAGAACAAGCCGAGCGUGGAAGAGAAGAAGGCGGAGGAAGGGAAGGAGGACCCGCUGGCUCUGGACAUGUCCAAAAAGAACUGCAACAAGAUCCUGAACGAGAAGCUGAGGAGUACAAAGCAGGGGACGCAGACGUCACCGAAGCCGAGGAAGGUGGAGAAGGGGGUGCUGCUAGAGACGAUAUGUGACGCGAACGACAUAGAGAGCAGGAUAUCGAUAACGAAGAUUACGAACAAGCUGUCCGGGACGGACCUGGCUGGCGAGCCGAAGGUCUCCGUGAAGAGCUUCAGCCCCGACGAAGUGAAAGACUUGAAAUUCGACAGCCUGAGUAGGGAUGUGGAAAUG